AUGUCCUCGCACGAACACCUCUCGGCCGCAUCAAACGACCGCAAAGCGCGUCUCGCGCAGCUGAAAUCGCUCAAGCGAAAACACGCGCCCUCGGACGACAGCCACGACGCACAAGAGGCCUCCGUGUCCCUCCCAGAGCCCUCGACGGCGCUCGCAGCACCCGCCGAAGAGCCGUCGGUAGUAUCCACGUACCUCAGCGGGCGCAACUUCGACCCGUCGACGCGCAACGUCAAGCUCGGGUUCGAAAACACGCCCGUCGCGGACCCGACGCGCACGCUCGAGUACAAGGCGCAGCAGCUCGCUCUGUCGACAAAGGCCGAACAGGCGCAAGAGCGCGAAGGCGAGGCGCUGGAUCUGUUCAAGCUGCAGCCCAAGAAAGCGAACUGGGACCUGAAGCGCGACCUGGAAGCGAAGAUGCGCGACGGCGGGCUGCAGGCGGGCACCGAGAAUGCGGUCGCCAAGCUGGUGCGGCAGAGGGUCGAGGCGCAGCGGCAGGCCAGGGAGCAGAGGGCCAAUGGCGGGGAUGGGCAGGAGGUCGGGAUGGAGGGCGGCGAGCUGGUCGAGGCUAUGCACCAGCGGGAAGUGGAGGAGGAGAUGGAGCGGCGGAGGGAGGUGGAGGAGCCUGUGGAGGGGUGA